CAAAUAAUAAUGGCGACGACGAAACCCCGUUCUUGUUCUCUUUCCUCGCUCAGAGGUGCACAAUGUAGAUUUACCGGUACACAGCAGUUGUCCUUCAAAUUUGCGUUUGGUUGACGGUCUUCGGUCGAUGACGAUAGAACAAUAGCAUUGCAAUCAAGUAGGGAUAGAAGCAAAAUUUUUCGUCAACUUAGCAAUCAUGGCGGUAAGAAUAGUGAUCCCUAAAUUAAUACUUUUUCUUGAUUCUGUUCUUCAUGUUUUGACGAACUUACUCGGUGUUCCCUGUUCUGUCUAACCCACUGCAUAUUGUGCUGUACCGAAUGAAUUACGCACCUCGCAUACCAUUACUCGGUAGGAUAUCGAAAAACGCGUGGCAGCCCUKGAGAAUGGCGGUGCAUUUAAUGCGACUCAGGCAGCUAUCCGAGCGAGAGAGGAGGAAUUCUUGGCGACUCUGCGAGACAUAAAAGCGAGCAUGCUAAAGGACGAACAAGACGGGAAAAAUAAUGGUGCCUCGUCCGCCGAACUGGACGCCCUCCGUGACGAAAACGAACGGCUUAAGGCCAAAGUAACAAAACAAGCCUACCGGAUCGCUCAUCUAGUUUCCGGGAUGGAAAAAAUGCUAGAAUCAGAGAAGAAAUAGAGGGGGUGCAUGAUUUGGUGUUUCGAAAGUGGAAGGAGAGGUUCACAUCAAAAUGGAGAUUAAGGUCGGAUUAACCUCUGCAAUCGUUAUUGCUGCGGAUUUGAAACGAUGAUACUUUAAUACUGCGAUGAUCUUUUCUAAUCCAUGCAAUGUCAUCUAAAGUUUGUCAACAUGGUUGUCAAAGUAUAACGAUGAAUAUUUUUGUAAAAGUAACAACUCUCUUCACGAAAUGAUCGCAAUCACAAGACAAAAAUUUAUUCCAAGUUCAUGUUGUAGCAGCAUUUCAAUGGUGUUGUUACUCGYCUCGAGGGUCUUGGUCGUGGUUUUUGAUUCGCCCUGAAAUCAACUUGCGUCUUUCAUGGAACAAUACCCUCAAUCGUUGCGUUCAAAAAAAUAGCUCUAAAUUUUGAAACAUUAUUUUCAGAUAUCACAAUCUUGAGCCAUAGGAUCUAUGUUGAUUUCUACUCGUAGUUUCUGAUCAUGUUUUAAAACAGAUUAUAUCAUGCUGCAAGCCGGUGGYAGCCCUGCAGMCYAAGUUCUUUAGAUUCGAUAUGCCUAUGACAUUUUCCCCAAAGAAGCGUUUCAYAUCAUUACAAAUCCCAUUUGAGCAUCCUCAUUGAAUUUGGAUGRAGCUAUUGAAACUGUAUAGUGMAACAURCACCAUACUCUUCUCAAUCGAAAAAAUAGGAUAAAAUGGCGUUUUCGAUCUGUACUUCUAGAUUCAAAUCGUGACAAAACACAGGUGCAGGCUUCGUAUCACCAGCAAGUAAAUGCAGAACUUGAUUCCCGGUUCCGCUAUUGCAUACAUAURACARUURCUUGUAUGGGUGCAUUAUAAUUCAAACCGUUCAAGGCAUCGGACCAAAAGUCCUUCGAGCCGAUCGAUUCGACUCGAUUUCCGACGCGAAUUCUGUGGUGAAGGAGUCCCAGCACUCUUCGUCACGUUCCAGACACAGGUCCAGUGUAUCGCGAACUUUUCUCAUAAACAUAUGCGUAGGGCCCGUCGAAAACGAUGCGACGCAUUGCCCCCUUCGAUAGAUUUGUACAAAGGGAAACUUCGACACACCCAGGGUCCUCAGGCUAUCAGCAACAGGAUCUGGAAAGACCUGCGAUUCUACCUUCGCAAAUAUUACGCCGGGAUACUCCUUUGCAGCCUUGUUCAAUUGCAUACCAGCCCGCUGGCAAAUUUUGCAGUAAUGGGCAUGGAACAAUAUGAGCGUCAAAGCACCAUCGUUGGUGKUUCGGUUCUCCCCGUUGCUUUUGCCGUCCAUAGUAUCGAGUAAUUCUUCCAUUGAUUCCGCUAUUUUUACCGAACCCGUCUUUGUCGUUCGAUUCUUUCGGGCUUUAGCAGCAGAUGUUGUCGGCCGGGUUGGCCGUCUCGCAGAUGUUGUUCGUUCAGUAGGUACAACGUCGGCCUUGGRUGAGGAAUGGUUGUCAUUUUUGCUUGGUCGAACGCUGUUCUCCAAGGAGGCAAGAUAUGAGGGACCACUUGUCAAAGCAGCGGUCUUCGCAGCUGCAGCUUCGACCACAUUUGAGCUGACAACCUCAACUUUGACAGAAGGUUCCGCAUUGAUAUCAUUUUCUACAUCCAUUGUAGAUGGCUGCGARGACGACGGUGACGAAAAGAGACCAACAGGARUUGUGCUCGGCCUCGAUGAUAUCGGCGGCUGAAACGCCUCGACUGCAGUUUUUACAGCGAAGAUGCACACUGCACCACGAAUAACUCGUAGAAAGACCAUUUUAAAAUUUAUUUAUCGAUUCAGUGSCUAGCAGUGGAUACUUGGACGUUUAGUUUUGUGUACUUUUCCGGUGUUAGCUGAGUUCCCCCUCAUCUAUCGGUAGACAAGAAUUGAACACUGAAUUACUUGUACUUCGUACUUCGUAAUAUUUCCGUCGGCAGUUUCGUGAAAACCCUUACGCAUGUUUUCUUUGGUGUUCAGAGGCUGACAAAAAGAAAAAAGAACGCAUUCUGUGCAGACGUGAAAAUGCGUGAUGUAMYGCAAAGCCAUAAUCCUACCGUASGUACAUCACCRUACGUCGGUUAGAAUGAUGUGUGUCGGUCUCUCGGAGUUCUGAUUGGUCAAUUUCAAAACGGCGAUUAUGACGAGCACGAUUUCGCGCAAGACUUCAGCCAUGGMAUAGAUAUCUUAAAUACCCUCGAUGGAUACGAGUCCAGUUCCAGACUUCGCSAGGGGCACCGCAUACUAUCCAUCAYGUGGGUCCUUCUUGUUUUCAGCAUCAGAAAGCAACUCGACAGACRAAGUGCAUAGCUGAAUUUGAGRCRCAAACUAAKUGAAUGUUCCUAGAACAAGUACUACGUCACAUAGCUACAGCAGGCUGACCAAGCUCACAAAACGUCUUUUGAAGAAACAAAGAUUGACACUAGUAGUACACACAUGGAUGUUGGUCUUCGUUUAUUUUGUGUUCUACUACAAAGUCCUUWAURCUGCURUUUGGUCCACCUUUUGUGWACRUUAUUUGAGCGAUGGCGAGUCUAGUGGAGCCCUAGGUUGAAAAUAUGAAGGYAGAAUGCUCAUUAAAUAGUCUCAAUCUGGCAUCUCGAAGGUUCUGCAUUUUUCAAUCUUGAUGAGGUCGGGAGUGCUCSGUGUUUCCAUUCCCGAUACUAUUUCGACYAUCACCUUCGCCGCCUAGCAAAUAAGACGGCAAAAAUGGUGCGAAGAACGAAGUGACCAAAUGCCAAGACAUUUGUAGGGACCAACUAAAAAUCCUGACUGGAAACCAAAUCGAUUGCUGCAAUAGUUGCGGAAUACUUUUUUUCUUAUAUCCUUGACUAUUUUUGGAAGAUUCYUUCAGAUGUCCAUCUUUCGAUGUCCCCAUGACCACAAGUGCUACUUUUUUCCUAUUGUUGUUUCUGCUGCCAAACCAAUGUUCGUCGGAAAUUCUUAGUAGUUCCAGUGAAAUCGAAGUUUCUUGCAUCGGUUCUGAACACUGAGGAGGAGGAUACACGACUUUUCCCUUGUGCAAAAUUUUCAAACUUGCCAGGUUUAGAGCUUGAGCGAUCCGCUUUUGGGCUAGCAUCGUAGUUGUGAUGCAGUUGUCUUUCGUGGUAGCUGACUUSGUGCCCGAAAAAUAUUCGAACCAACCCGUCGUCAGGGGGUCUUGCUGUGUUUUUUKUUGCUCGGUUUUCUCACCUAUGGUUGUUAGCUGAUAAAUUUUCUUUCCGAAUUUGAAUCGAACAAUUCUAUGAACGCYGUUAUURUUCUUAUCGCGAUUUUCUUUCUCCACUGAUGCUACGAGACCAUCACAGACCAUUCCCACUGGUUCCAUAGUUAUCGGACACUUUUGAAGACCAAUCAGUAUAUUUGCAUCCCAUGGAAUUGUAUGAGUGCAUCCCUUCGAAAUAUCCGUGUCCGAGUAGAGUAACGCAGUAUUUAUUGAAUCGGAUAAUUCUUCACGUGAUGCMGAAUGCAAAGAUUUUGAAGUUGCGAAACCUGAAGUAUCAGAAAGCGAGCUCUCCUCUUUCUGGGAUCGAAUUCUGUCGUCAUCCACCAUGGGAAUGUGCUAGAUAGUGGUUCUACGACCAAGACAAAAAUUCGUAACUUUUGAAUAUCUAUCCCACCUUUUCGAAAACGAGCAAAAUUUUUUAUUUUCAAUCAAAUGAUGUGACCUUCUACGUAGCACAGAACCUUACUGUCGUCGACCCUUUUCCAAUUUAUUGAGAUGUAUCGCAACAAAACGAAAGUCAGGGAUCAUUAUCAAAGAUAUCGUGUACUGAGAAUCGAACUCAACGUUGUCUGUUCUUGGAAYUCGUGCCAUUCCAAGUACAGAACUUGCUCUUCAGACGCGAGAACUCGUAAAUGUUACCUGACCAAAACAGUAUCGGCUGCAUCAAUGAUACGAGUAUCGUUAGCGGCGCCUGUAUCUGUACGGGCGGAAAAGUACGAGUACGAAUACUCGUUCCUACCUUUUAACGUACGGUACGGGUAGAGAGUUGAUCCAGUUGAUUGAUCUAGUCGACACGCAUGAAAACGAUCUUUGUUCGGAAAAAACAAAGCAAAUCCUAGUUUCCCGUUUUUUGUUCCCUUGAAGUAGGUGCACGACUGGUUUCAUUGGUUUCAUUCGUGUAGGGCAAUGAAACAGUUACUACUACCGGUACGAACUGGAAAAUGACCUUCGAUCUCAAGUACUUCUACUUCGUACUUUGUUGUAUUGAGAGAGUUAAAGAUAGUAUGAGCAUCAAAAGGUAAAGUCUUCUUCCUAGGAAGUCAGUGAAGUACCAGCUACUAGUAGUGUUACUUUCACAUUGUCUGGACAAAUGCUGGACAGGGCUUACCCUCCCAUGAAACACCAGUCGAAACAACAAGAAACUCAACUCAAGAGGAAUCGUAGUUGUAAUAGUAGUAUCACCAGUUUCUACUAAACCAAUAACCACAGCAGUGUAGUAWUCCUUCGACAACUGAGCAAUCUGCCACCAAAUGGUCCCAUAAAGCUUCAACUGUUCCCACCUUUGCAUCACUUCAAACCGCUGAGUUGCCACAUAUUCUCUGGUCCUUCAGACAACAACCAACCAAAAAAAAGAAUUAGUUGCCUUUCAUCCCAUCCGAAUCGAAUAAUGUCCAUAAUUGUAAAUAUCUGGGAAAAAUAUGUCUGUCAUGCACGAUUCAAUCCUUUUGUUCUCCUGACAAAAUAGUCCUCUUGAAUACGACUUCUCUCAUUACAACUUCAGCUAUAUCUGAAGGCUUUUCWUUUGACUAUGAUUGUUGUCACCGUCACCCUGAAUUCUGCCUAAGCAUCUUGCAUCGCUGAAAUAUGAUAAUCAAAAGAGCAGCUAUUUCUUAUACUUKUUUGUGUAUUGAUAUUGUGACUCAAGUUGGAAUGGGUGUAUUCAUUUCAACUGUAUCGAAAGGUACAAAGAGUCGAUAUGAUGAUUUUAUSUAGAUUCUGGUUCGUAACAASACCCUCAAUGUAUGGUCUUCGCCAUGAAACUCCAACACAAUCUUCAGUUACGAUUCCAAUUUUCUUUGCGUUUCAAAUAUUUAAAUYAAAGGACACCACUUGCCACUAUUUUGACUUCUGAAAUUGGAGAAUUUUUCGGUGGYUUCACAGGCACUUUUUCGAUUGAUUUUACCAAAUCCAAACCAUCUUCGACGAUACCAAAAGCUGCGUAGCGAUCAUCGGCCCAGCCAGCAUCAUCCUGAGUGUUCACGAAAAAUCGUGAAUCGACCCCGCCACCGAUUCCUCUCACCAUACUAACGAGCCCAUAUUUGGUGUGUUUCAAGUUAAAGUUAUCCGGUUCAAAAGGCUUGCCGCCCUCGAACGAAGAUUGUCCYGUCUUCCCCGUCGAAUCUCCAAUAGCACCUCCUUGGAUAGAAAAGUCCGAAAKYACUCUGUAAAAAUUGGUCCCGGCAUAAGCAUUCGAUGCACAAAGUUGUUCGAAAUUUUGAGUUGUUUUCGGCAUCAGAUCUCCAAAUAAGCCAAUCACUAGACGACCUUUUUCUGCGUCAUUCGAUCCGAAUGCAACAUCCAAAUAAACUCGUUUCGUAACUUUUGGUGGGUCACUAACAGGGUCAAUAUAUGAAGCAAAUGAAGCCGCUGGACUGGAUAGGACGGCAGCUGUYGUGAACGCUGAUGUUCCUAAAAAAUCUCUUCGUCGAUACUCGACCAUGUCCAGCCCCGUUGAUGUUCGCGCUUGGGCUGGGGCUGAMAUCCAACCAUGUACACCAGCAAUCGCGCCAAUCAGCAACAAUACCAUUGAAAAGAACUGCGCCAUGAUGUUCGAUURCUGUACCGAUGYUUGUCUGGAGGAACUUAAUGUGUAUUACCCGUACUCCAAAUAGUUAGUGCUAGCUGAUAAAAAGGAACGUCAUGCAGAUCAUUUUGAUCGUUUUCUAGAAGUAUUUCAUAACUCCAGAUUCACGUUGAACAUCGAAAAGGAUCGGAUCGACAACAAAAUUGAAAAAUUCCCAAAACGAUGGACAGACGAACAAAUGCGACGUACGCGUGUGCGUUACGUACCGGUACUACGGUAGAAAUAAUAGUGUUAGGGUACUUGUACGUACUACAGUAUUAUUUACUACUGGUACUACCUAGUGAUGCAUCUCCUCUUUUGACGAAGAUAAAAUAAAUAAGAAAUGAUACGUUACAAUAAUGUAGUCCAUUCCUUGUUACUCGGUCGCUGCCGAUAGUACCAAUGAUGGCGGCAUCCCGAGCUCCUCUGUUUUCCGACACUUUGAUUCCUCCCGUCGAGACUUCAUAACUGAAUCAUGCCAAAAUCGAAAUUUGAGCUGCAAGUCUGCAAGGAUAUCAGGGUAUUCUGUGGAAAGAUCAUGACGCUCUCCUAUAUCUGCUUCAAGAUCAAAGAGUUGCGGCUUUUGGCAGUCGGAAAUAGUACAGCUCGAACUCCCUUCCACGUAUUUCCAUCUUCCAAAUCGGUAACCCCAACCAUGAGCUAAAUCGAGYUUAGGGUCAUGGUAUUGGUAUCCCACACUACGUGGGCCUGCAACAGUAUCUCUCCAUUUAAAAUCCGUAGCAUUGCGCAACAAAGGUAAGAUACUCCGUCCAUCGAAUGCCCAAGACUUCUGUUCUUUUGGACGAUCAACAUUUAAUACUUCCAUAACUGUAGGAAGAAAGUCCAUGGUUGUAAUGGUCUCCCAGGAUAUUGUGUUUGUAUCCUUUACUUCUGAUGGAUAYGAUACUAUACCAGGGACACGGUGCCCACCUUCGUAAAUGUCUCUCUUUCGGCCUCGAAGUCGUCCCGCGGAUCCUGGCCCUUCUUCUGGUCUUUGCGGYUUYGUGUUUGCUCUUUUGCAAAUACCAUCUGGGGGACAGUUCAUCUCA